UGUUUUAUAUAGAAACAGAAAGAUGUCAGACUUCAGCGACCACUCCCCUACCACCCCCCCUCCGUUCCACUGCGACUACAGCGACUGGUCUCCUUCCUUCUCCAUCAUCCCGUCCGUCUACCUGCUGGCCUUCCUGGUGGGUUGCCUUGGCAACAGCUUGGUGCUCUGGGUGUACCUGCAUCGAACCACCAGGAGGAGGAUCAGGACAAAAGACAAACGCCAUACUGGAACUGGACAGCGGUGUUGUUCAAUCAGAGCUAAUCACCACGGUGCUGUCAGAACUCACCGUUUGCCUUCUGAUAAAAACAAACCAGACUGUGGUAAUCCAUCAGGACAAAACCGCAGACCGUCCUCUCAUGCCUUCAUCUCUUCCUCGUGCCCUCCCUCCAUCCCGCGGCCCCCUCUCUCUCUGACAGACUCUCUGAUAGCCAGUUUGGCAUUGGCCGACCUUUGCUUCCUCGUGACUUUACCGUUCUGGGCUGCCUACACAGCACUGGGCUACCACUGGCCUUUUGGGCAACCCCUCUGCCAGAUCAGCAGCUUCCUCACGGCUCUCAACAUGUACGCCAGCGUUUUCAGCCUGAGCAUGCUCAGCGUGGAGAGGUACUGGGUCUUGACGGGACGCCGGCACUCGGGCCACCGUCCCUUGCAGAGGUGUCCCAACAGGACUUUGUGGAUCCUCGCGGCGGUGUGGACAGCGGCAGGCCUCCUGGCUCUUCCUGGCUUGCUGCUGCGUUCUCUCGGGGAAGUGGAGCUCGACCCCAAGUCCGAGGACGACCCAGGGUCUGUCGUCCUGUCCUGCCAGAUGGAUUACUCCGUGCUGGUUGGGGCGCAGCUGGAGGAGGCUGAGAGAGACAGGGCUGAGAUGUGGUGGGCCGCCGUGUUGAGCCUAAAGUCAACCCUGCUCGGCUUCCUGCUCCCGCUCGUCAUCCUGCUCGUCUGCUACUGCUCGCUGGCCCGGCUGCUCAGCAGGCACUUCGGAGGCGGCCCGCGUCCCGACCGCAGGCACCAGCGCAGACUCCUCAGGAUCAUUGUCACUUUAGUGAUGGCCUUCUUCCUGUGCUGGAUGCCGCUCCACGUCAACAAGACCGUCUCCGUCCUGCUGGAGUUCGGCUUCGUCCCGUACUCGUGCCCUCUAGACCAGGCUCUGCUGGCUGCUCACCCAUACGUCACCUGUUUGGCUUACCUCAACUCCUGCCUGAACCCGCUGCUCUACGCCGCCUGCGACCCGUCGUUCAGGGCAAGAUGCAGAGCAGCUCUGCUCCUGUGGUGCAGAGCGUGCACGGAUGAAGCGGAGAGACGUGGGAGGAAAGAAGUGCAGGGGAGACCAGAGAAGGACAAGGACACAACAAGGUCACAGGAGAAUGUAGAGGAAAGGACCGAAGAUGAGGAGGAAGAGGACAGAUUAUAGGGAGCUUGGUGACACAGGUGGAGGGAAAAGGAAUGAUAAACUCUUCUUGUUCAAACAAAAAAACAAAAUAGUUGGAUCUAAACAAAAACUGAGAAACUGAAUAUUAUUUGUUGAACAUAAAUCAUUAUUAUUGCUGUCCUUACCGGCUGACUGUGCGACUAGUGUUAUCAUCCAGAAAUGGCAAUGUUCAAACAGUAUGUUCUCAUGGUACUAUGGAGACGUUUCCCACAGGAAAAAUGUAUCCGUUUCCUAAAUGAUAUAAUUGUGUAGGAAUGAUCUGGGGUCAAACCAGAGCUUCUCAUGUCAUAUGAUAUGUUUUGCAUCCCUAAUGUCCUCUGUGUUUGUCGGCUUGUGUCGCACUGCUUUGACUGUUUAUUGCAUUUUGU